GAGCGCACACACACUCAGUGCUUCAGCUUACCAGGACAAGCACACAUACAGAUAGGGAGAGUGAGUAGAACGACGGAGAGAGACAUCAGAUCGAGAGCGAUGGCAAUUCCUGCUAAUGCUGCCGCCUCCUUGAGCUUCCCGGUGAUCAACAUGGAGAAGCUGGAGACCGAGGAGAGGGGCGCCGCCAUGGGGGUCAUCGGCGACGCCUGCGAGAACUGGGGCUUCUUCGAGGUUGCAGCUGCUGGCAUCUCGCACGAGCUGAUGGACGAGGUGGAGCGGGUGAGCAAGGCGCACUACGCGGCGUGCUGGGAGCAGCAGUUCAAGGAGUUCGCGGCGCGGACGCUGGAGGCCGGCGAGAAGGGCGCCGACGUGAAGGACGUGGACUGGGAGAGCACCUUCUUCGUCCGCCACCUUCCCUCCUCCAACCUCGCCGACCUGCCCAACCUCGACCACCACUACAGGCAAGUGAUGAAGGAAUUCGCGUCGGAGAUCGAGAAGCUGGCGGAGAAGGUGCUGGACCUUCUGUGCGAGAACCUGGGCCUGGAGCUGGGCUACCUAAAGCGGGCCUUUGCCGGGUCCAGGGGCCCCACGUUCGGCACCAAGGUCAGCAGCUACCCGCCGUGCCCGCGGCCUGACCUGGUCGACGGCCUUCCCGCGCACACCGACGCCGGCGGCGUGAUCCUGCUGUUCCAGGACGACCAGGUGAGCGGGCUCCAGCUCCUGAAGGACGGGGCAUGGGUGGACGUGUCGCCCAUGCGCCACGCCAUCGUCGUCAACAUCGGCGACCAGCUGGAGGUGAUCACCAACGGGCGGUACAAGAGCGUGAUGCACCGCGUGCUCACCCGCCCCGACGGCAACCGCAUGUCCCUCGCGUCAUUCUACAACCCCGGCGCCGACGCCGUCAUUUUCCCUGCCCCGGCACUCGUCGAGGAGCUGUCGGAGGAGGAGGCGGAGCGCGCCGGGAGCGCCGUGUACCCGAGGUUCGUGUUCGAGGACUACAUGAGCCUGUACUUGCGCCACAAGUUCGAGUCCAAGGAGCCGCGCUUCGAGGCCAUGAAGGCGGACGCCGCGCCCAUCGCCACCGCGUGACUAGUGGACUGUGCGCGCAUAAGUGCAUGUGCUCGUACGUGCCAGUACUCAGACAAAAGUAUUUUCAGACUUGUGUUGUGGUGUGUACUGUAAGAUAUUAUGCGUGUAAUGUUAUCUCUGGUGGCAUCGCUCUGCAUGCCCUAGAUAUUUUUCUUAUUUGCUUUUCUAAAGGGUACUAUGUUUCAGCUCGCAUUCCUUUUAAUUCAAAGGUAUGCAUCAACUUUUGAUUGUUUA